AUGCCUGAACGACGGCAAAGGAUCCCGGAGGAAAAAUGGGAGAAACACAAAGGAGACAUCGUUUCACACUUUCUGGAAACGGACUUAAAGCAUGUGAUCGAGCAGAUGCGUCAAAGACACGGUUUUCCAAGAAUCAAUAUACCCGAGCGCUCAGAACCUGGGGUAUUCACAAGUAUAAUAAUACCCAUAUUUACAAAUUUGUCGACAGACGCGUUCGAAGGCGACAAGCACAAGGGAAAUCUAGCAAUGUCAUCCUUUAUGGAAACCACAUUGCUCAGGACAAACUCGAAAAAGGAAAUAGCGAGAAAUGUGACCUUUACUGAUAGAUGCUAUUACACCGAAAAUGCUUCAACUCCUCAUGGCGUCUUAAUAUGUUCUCCUCCAGAAACCAUGGUGUUUCCGCAAAAUCGAGAUCUCCGAAUUGAUAACCUCCCUUGGCUUUUAUUCAAUCAGGAAGUUCAGUCACAGACCAUACUUUAUCAAACUUUGUCCGGUCAUACAACGUUCAUGAGUGGAGGGUCUUCUGAUGCUUUUGGCCGUCACACUCUCCUUCCGGCUCAAGACUUGAUUCUUAUGUCAAUUUAUCCAAGUACUUCAGGCUUCAACAACUGGACUUUUGAUUGUAAUAAUAUGUUUGAUUCACUGCCAGGUAUCGGCUCAGCCUGUGAUUUCUUGCAGCCUCAAAUCAAUGAGUCUGUAGAAAAAUACACUAACUUGGCUUCCACGCCUAUCGACCAUGAGCUCCAGUCAGCGUCCCUUUCAGCGUUAAUGCAAAAAGACAGAUACUUAGUGGAAGAAAGUUCAGUGCAGUGCUCGACACCGUCAAGCCGAACCCCUGAAGGAAGCCUUAUACCCUAUCCGAAUGUUUAUCAACUUUUCAGCCUGUUCAUAUUCAUGGCGACCAACAGUUUCCUGAGCACGGAAGGCGUUGGGAAAAUAUAUGCGUUGACGAUCUUAAAUGGAAUGUCGCUGUCGACACACCAUUUGACGGUUUACGGCAUAGGAGGCGCUUUUGGACCGCGCUAUCACUCGCUGUUGGACAACGAAAUUAUGCAAAUAGUUAAAGUAUUCUGUAAUCUAGGGGUAACUCCUACAGUUCUCCGGGAGGAUAUCGCGCCACUCAACGGAGUUUGUGGGUCUCUAUGGGCUUUCCAAAAUAUUGGAAUACUCCGUUUGCUGCUCAAUUAUAAUGCAGAUCCAGAUUGUCUAGUCUCGGAUGACACAUGUAAAGCUACUGGCGACUUUGGGACGGUAUUGCAAGCUGCCGCCGCGCGUCGCCAUAUACAGAUAGCCAAAGCCUUAAUUGAGGCGGGAGCGGAUAUUGAUUUAGUGUCUAGAGUCUGCGUUGACAAUCGAUGUUAUUUUAUGAACAGAGGUUCUGGGUCUCUGGAAACUCCAAUUCAACUUGCGGCAGAAGUCACGGAUACUGAGAUGGCACUGCUUCUGUUACAGAGUGGAGCAUCGGUGAACUUCCGCUCAAUGUCUACUGUUCUGGACACCGCGAGCAGAUUGACAAUGUUCUUUCGUGCUUUGAGAAUGACAGCUGGUGGUCAGGCAACCCAAAACGAAAAUAUCCGUCUUGUUCAUCAACUUCUCGUUUCAGGCGCAGCCGUGGAUUCCAGGUAUAUCCACUAUGACGAUACACCUCAUCAGAUAGCAGCAAGAUCAUCUAGUAUGCGCGCAGCUUUUUGGUCUACUAUUGUGCAUGCUUCUCCCGCAAAUGACAAUGGGAGAACAGCAAUACAAACGGCAGCAGAAAGUGGAAAUAUUGCAAUUGUCCAAAUGUUCCUCGAUAUGGAUGCCGAUGUCAAUGCGUCUCCGGGCUGGAAAAUAGUGAGGAAAAAUAACAUUUAUUUGCUCAAGUUUCUCCUUCAAGCAGGAGAUGACGUGAAUGCAUUUUCUUUGAGGUAUCUGAACAUGACAGCGUUGCCGUAUGCAGUCAAGCAGAGUUGGUUGGAGGGCGUGCAACGUCUACUGAACUACUAUUCAGAUAUUCCUACGCUCCCUCUAUGUGAGACCGAAGCAGGGAGAUGGGAUACCUGCACCAGCAACGGUUACCUGAUACGUCAUUUGAUCUCACGAAAUGCAGGCAACCAUUAUGGCGAAGCGAUUAGAAACUCAUUGAAAUGGGUAGAUGGAAUAGAGUACCCGCCAGAUAUUGACCUGCUUCGACUGCUACUCGACGCGGCGCGGGCGCCAAUCAGUGGAGGGACAGCAAUUGAUGCAGCAGCUGAACACGGCCACCUGGAUAUGUUGCAACUGCUCUUGAAUGCUUAUGGUGACCGAGAAGGACUUGCGGUAUGCAGUCAGACAGCAUCUUUCGCUGAGAGAGAAGGGCAUAUCGCCAUGGCCGUUUGGCUUAGGGCUUACGUGACUUCUUAA